UGUAGUUUCAGUCACUGCAAAAAAACGCUACGAACGCAAGAAUUUAUUAUGGCAAGUUUUCCGUCCAUUCAAAUAACAGAAGGUGAAUGGACAUCAGGAAAAUACUGGGACAUUUUGGGUGUGAAACUUGUUACAUUUUUCACCGACAAUCCAGCAUUGCUAGCCGACUAUAUUUCCAAUUUCGAGACGCGACCAGAUGAUGUUUUCGUGGUUACAUAUCCUAAGUCAGGUUCGUGCAACUUAUGAUAAUUUUAAUCGUAAUCUUGAAAAGCCGCAGAGAAAAAAGGGUGUCUACAAAACGAAGACCGAACUACAAAACAAAGACCUAGAAAAUGAAAAGACCUAAGACGCAAGACCUUAGGCCCGGAAAACUAAGACCACAGGCCGCCCGAGCUCAGUGUGUGACUUUAAUCAUUUUAAAUAUAUAUAGUCAUGUAGUUUCAUAUUGCGUAAUUUAAAAUGGCCGUGAAUAUAAAGGAUUUGUAUGGGAGUUCAGGUAAAAGAUUCAAGUAGAUAGAUACUCGCUAGAAUGUUCAAUAAAAUACAGCUUACCGUAUUUACUUUUCUUGUUUUUGCUUGCUGUCUGCGGGUUAUUUUCCCGAUCCGCUGAGCUUGAGCCGCCUGUGCUAAGACACGCAAAAGUAAUUCCCGAACACUGUAAUAUUCUCUAACAACAUUAACUCCUGCUACCACGGUUCGAGGUCUGCAGUUCACUGAAGCCCAAACAAAAACACGUAAUUAGUAAUUUUCCUUCAUCGUUCAGAUCGUUAAUCCAUGUAAACCGAAACAAGCACACUGUACACUUAAUCUUUAAAUUCAAACUAUGCCAGUUAAAGCAGCUGGUGAUUUCAACACUUGUCUAAAUCCACUCGUAACGACUUUGAGACUGCGGACCUUGCAAUUUUAAAAAACCAUAGUCGACUUGUUUAGCUAAACAUUGAUAAUGCUGUUCACCUUUGUUUCUUUUACAGUUAUGUAAGACCUUGUUUUGUUAUGAAAUAUGCUCUGUCAAACGGGGAAAAUAUUCUGCUUCUCCUAACAGUUCAUAGUCCGGCAUCAAAAUUUUGGAUAAUUGAAAACCUUGUUGAUUCUUAUAUACAUUCCUCUAGUGUCUAGAAGUAGUUAUUAGCAGUUUCGAGGCGUUUCCAAGUGAUUUUAAGGGGGUCUUUGUUUUCUAGGUCUUCGGUCAUCGUUUUCUAGACACCGCAGAAAAAAGGCUGGUUUUACUCUGUUUCUCAGUUAAAGUUUGGCUGAAUUUUAUCAGUUUAAUUUUCUGAGAUUCGCCAUUUGACCCAACAAACGAACUUGACAGUAAAUGACUUAACAAUUUAGGUUGACCCAAACUCAGGAUACAAAUGAUCGCGGUAAGUAAGUCAUGUUUAUGUGUUUAUGUAUGGCAUGACACGGAUAAAAUGCUGACCCCCGAUCCACUGACCCCCUACCACUGGUGUCCACAAUCUCUUAAUCUUUUCCCUUAGUCUGCAAAGCAGGUGUAUUUUGCAGUGCGAUCAAUGUAGAUGUUUAAAGUGACAGAGAGUUUGGGCGAGACAAAAAGUGAUUCCAAGGGAGAACCUCUAGGUUGCGCUUUUAAGGACAGAAAAAACGCCUGCUCUACAGGCUACUUUUCUCUCAACUCUGACAACUCUUCCAGAAUUUAUUAUUUCAAAUUGUUUCUAUAUGUUUAUCACUCAUUGUAUGUAGGGACAACUUGGGUACAAGAAAUUGUUUGGCAAAUCUACAAUGAGGGAGCAAUCAGCAGCGCAAAGCUACUGUUUCGAUUCCCAUUCCUUGAAGCAAGGGCCUGCAGUGCUGACGAAGAGCUGUUAGUUGACUUUAAGUCUUUACCAAGUCCUCAUCUGAUGAAGUCUCACCUUACCUACAGCACUGUCCCAAAAAGUGCCGACAAAGCUGCUCGCUGUAAAUAUAUUUAUGUUGCUCGCAAUCCAAAGGAUGUGGCAGUGUCAUAUUUUCAUUUCAUGGAACACUGGAAAAAGGUUGGCCUCGAUGAUUUCAGUGGACCAUCAUGGGAAUUUUGUUGCAAGUUGUUCAUAGAGGGAAAUGGUAAGUUAGUCAAAUUUAUCAGCUAUCAUAAAUUAUUUUAUCGUAGGAGCCUGAGCACUUAUUCUUAUACGAUUGACAGGGAAUAAAGUGGCAUCCGGGGAGGAGGGGGGUCUCAGGGUUUGAAACCCUGAUCCUGUUUAGGACAAAACAGUGCAUAAGUGCAUACCCUGUUUAGGACAAAGGACAAAAAGUACACGUCUUGUUUUAAAGUCCUUAAUUGGCAAUUGAAAUAGAGCAAAUUUACAUUAUAUUUUAUGCUUUUGUUUUCUUGAAGUACAAACAAAUUUCAUCUAGCAAAUCAAAUCAAUCUUGCAGACAAUAACCUGUAUAUAAUUAGGACAGACUCGCAUGAAAUUAGAUUAAACCCUGCUUGGGACGAACAUGCAAGAAAUUAUAUACCCUGCCAGCUAGGGUUCUAUCUAGGGUAUUUGAGGGGUAAAAGCCCCCAAAUGCCUAGCUUCCCCCCCCCCCAAAAAAAUCUUGUUAUCAUUACAGUAUAUGAGCAACUAUGUCGCAAAAAUCAUCCAGACGUGACGAGGUUGGUGAACACACUGUAACAUUUCUCAAAAUUGUGUCUUGAAAUGCACCAGAUUGCAUCUCAGCGCAUAUUCAUUUCCAAAAAUUUUCGGUGGGGGGGGGAGCCCCCGGAUCCCCUUAGGAUGCUCGUCGCCUUCGGCCACUCAGGACUUCUCCCCUACCUGAUAAAUCCUAGGUAGAACCCUGCUCGCUGUUUUGGACAGAGGGGGACAAACAACUAUGCCCUGUCCAGUGGAACAUCCUCAUAUCAGCCAUAUAAAAUAGUACACCCCCAGGAGUGCAUUAGGAUCAUGUUUCCUGAACCAAGAGGUUCAAGACACUUGAAUUAUAUUAAAUAUUUGUUCGCUCGUGAUAUCUAUUAAUUUAACAAAUAGAUUCCAUGUUACCGUGCGUCUGUUCAAAAUAACACAGUAAAACCCUGUGUAAAAGAACCUAAAAUUUAAGAACACGUUAACUAAAAGCUGAAAUUUUCAAUUUAAAUUCCCUUUUCAUAAGAACCUAUGUAGCGUACAAUUUUCAACACAUUCUUAUUUACCAAAAUAAAAGCACCGAUAAAAAUCCAGAAAAAAUAAUUUUAGUGUAGGUUUCAGUGAGAACGAUUCAAAGAAUGUCAACUAAAAGGAAAACCAUAUCUGUGUCUUUGCCAACACAGCAUUUUAUAGACACUGGCGACGUGAAAGACAUGUAUGCUAGUACUUUGGAAAGAUAAAUUUUCUGUAUGGUUAUCAUCUAAACUGUAUUCUAGAUAAAUAUUUAAUACUGCAAUAUAUUCCAUAUCUCAUAUGCCCUGUAGUAGUUAUCUGUGCUGAUCGCUAGUGCCCCUAUCAAAUUAAGAACCUAUUUCAGAACCUAAGUAGCCUAAAAUUCCACUAAAUACAAUUUCUUAUCCUGCAGUGCAGGCGUAUUUUGGGCGGGUCAAAGCUGCUUGUUCAUGUUCGUAUUGUUGUAGCCGCCACCUUUGAUUUUAUGACAGAGGAAGAUUGGGUAGUUGCUAGGACGAAAGAAGGAAACGGGGGAGGGGAAGGAAGGAAAAAAAUCUCUUCUCUCUCCCCGCCCCCUGCCCCUCCCCCUCCCUUUUUUUCGCGGGCAAAAACGUUCGUGCGCCUGAAGAAAACGCCUGCACUGCAGGCUAACCAUUUCUAUAAAUAGCCAUUUAGGCUAAGUUGGAAAAAUCUAGAUUCUUAUACGUGGGUUUUUACUGUUUAUCACAGAUGGCGUCAAAAUGUGGUCAAAACUGAAAAAAGGGGUACAUGAGCCGUAGGCGAGUGUACUAUACCCCUUUUUUAGUUUUCACCGCAUUUUGAUCGGUCUUCUCGCCCCAUGUAAGGAAAUCCAGAUUCCACGCUGUGGAUUCGAGAUUCCAGGUAAUGGAUUCCGGAUUCCAAACGUUAGUGGGAUUCCGGACUCCUUGAGCUGUAUUUCGGAUUCCAAAGCCCAAAAUCCGGAUUCCACAAGCAAAAAUUUCCCUGAUUCCGGAAUCCCGAUUCCUUAUCAUGGGGCGAGGUCUUUUGUGAUCUAUUACUGAACAGACCCACGGCAACACGGAAUCGAUUCGUUUUAUACAAUGAUCAGAAAAGAGAAAAGGACAUACAGUUGAACCGCCUUUAAACGGUCACCUGUUAAGGGGCCAGUAAUCAAAGUCCCGAAAUAAUAGUAGAAAAGAAUGGAAACGUAAACCUCUACUGAGCAGCCACCUCUAUUAAGCGUCCGCAGUCAACUUUUGGCCGUCACAACAAGAGUUCUCCCAUGGAGAAGGUCAUCCAUGUGUCUGUAAUCUAGCAGAGAGGAGAAGUCGUUAUGUCAAGUUGCCAUGGUAACAAAAUUUCUGGAUCUCAACAAACCGUGGUCCUUUCUGUGCAUGGCUACACUCAGGAACAAAACGGUUGCCCAUAGUUUUCUUCUAUCGUUGGACAAUUGAAAUGGCCGUCUCGGUCAAAAAAGACUGUUGAGAUCCAGAAAAAUUGCUACCAUUGGUAAGGUGACGUCACACUUUUCCUCUCUAUAGUUCAUGGGCAAAGACCAAUCACAGCACGCGUAAUAUUCACCACAUUGUAUAAUCUAUACAUAUAUGGAUAUGACGCACUUCGUAACGUUGUUUUGUAUGUGUGAAUAAUAGUUGGUUAUGACUUUUGGAAUGACCAUGUUCUUGACUGGUGGAAACACAAAGAUGAUCCUAAUGUCUUGUUCCUCAAAUAUGAGGAUUUGCACAAGGUAAUGUUUGCAGUCACACUUCCCUUAUAUUACUAAAUAAAUGUAAAGGCAUGAUAUAUGGCUAGUUUGAUAAUUGGGAAGUCAGUACUGUCUGUUGGAGGAGUUUUCGCAGUAAUUUCACCUGUCCACCUGGACUCCGAUUGCCUUUCGUUUGUCCCCUUCUUGUUACAUCAUAAUUUUGAGACUGGUCACUAUCAGAUUAAUGCUAAAAUCAAUUACACAACUUAAAAAUAAUAAUAAUAAUAAUGAUAAUAAUAAUAAUAAUAAUAAUAAUAAUAAUAAUGGAAAGUUAAUUUGUGUUUUGAAUGUACAAUUAAAAAUCUCGCUACGUGAUAGGCAAUUUACGAAUGUUGCUUGAGAUUGGAUUAUUCAAAAAAAGAAAACAAAAAAAAAAACAAAAAGAAAAGAAAGGAAAACAAAAGAAAUCAAAAUUGCAUUAAGUCUGAGCUAUCCCAAUUCCUAUUUCUACAACAAAAGAUGUAAUAUGUUUCUCUAGUGGCUAUAUUUAUUAUUUUCUUGAUUAUAUAAAGUUGCUGCUUUUUGUCAAUGCCAAUGUCAUUCAUCAUGUCUAAGAACGUGGAGCAUUCAUCGGAGAAAACGCCAAGGGAGCUCAUGGAGAGACUUACAAAUUUCACACAUCUGUAAUUUGUACUCAUUUUGUUGAUCAAGGUCAGAUAAUAAUAAUAAUAAUAAUAAUAAUAAUAAUAAUAAUAACCAACUUCUUUCUUUAUAAGUAUGCUGGGCCUCACACACGUAAUGAACACCAUUACGACUUGUUUCCUGCUAGGAUUUACCGUCCCAUGUACGAAUGAUUGCAAAUUUCCUGAACAAGCCGCUGUCAGAUGAACUCAUCACUCGUAUUGCAGAGCAAUGCACAUUUAAGGGAAUGAAAGACAAUGAAGUCAGUUUCAGAAGGGAAGAGAAUCAGAGUUCGCCUUUGUUACGAAAGGGCGAAGUCGGAGGUUGGAAAAGUUAUUUCACUCCGGAAAUGAAUGAGAGAUUUGAUAAGGAAUUGUUGGCAAAACUGAAAGGAACUGGACUGGAGUUUGAUUUUGAGAAGUAGAACCGUUUUAAAAGGAGUAACACGUACUAUAAAAUUCCUUCUAUAAUAUCCAAACAUUUAAUAGUUUGAUUUGAUGUCUCUAUAAUAUUAUUUUAAUGUUCGUUUGUUCGUUUACAGAAAUUGGGGCAAAAUGGGAAAUCCCACUCUAACAUACAAAGUCACGAAAUAAAUGGAAUUGUCACAAAGGAAUGCUCGGGGCACUAAAAUUUCUGGCUGUCGGUCCCCGAGCUUUGGUUAAGAG